AUGCGGCGCCGCGGGAGGGAAGGCGGAGCGGAGGGCGGCGACAAGCGCUACUGGGCGCACGAGCGCGAGCAGGUGCGGUGGCGGGGCUCGCGGCCAGCACAGCCAAGGCGCGACCGGCAGAUGCAGGCGGGCGCCGCAGCGGAGCGAGGUGCGCUCCGGGCGUGCACGCGGCCAAAAGGCGAGCGGGGGAAGAGGCAAGGCGCAGCGGGGGAGGAGAGUUCGCGGGCGCGCGGCGCAGUGAGCGGGGAGGGCGUGCGACGGGCGCCGGAGCGGGCGAGCUACGGGAGCGGACGAGGGGCGCGGUGCGUGCUGCGGCAAGGCGGGCGACGACAACGCGGAGCUCGGACGCGGGUCGGCGGCGUGCAACAGGGAGGGAGGAGAAGAGGAGAAGGAGGCCGUGGCCUCACCAGCGGUGUAGGGGACUGGGCAGAUGGGGCAUGGGGAGGACGACGGGGACGGUUCGACGCAGGGGCGGAGGCGGCGAUGACGUCCGGCGAGGUGGCGAUCCGGGCGGCGGCGUCGAGCGUCGAGGCGCGGUCGUGGGUGCGUCAGGUGCGGGACGGCGCGGGUGUGCGGUGA